AUGACUGCAGACGAUACAUCUGGUUUUCCGCCUGGCUAUUUUGUCAUUCGCUCAGUGGCGUGCGCCAGGCUGCUGGAUGUGACUAUGGAUGAAAUCGAGGAUGGCACUGAGAUUGCGCUGUGGCCGGAGAAGGAAAAGUCUCUAGUGGAAAGUUUCCGAGAUCCAGCAACCAACAAUCAGGUGUUCUUCAUUGACACCUCUGGGGCCUUGUGCUCCAGGUCUGCCGGACACGCUGUCGACGUCGAAGAGGACCGCCUCGUCCUCCGACAUCGGCGACCCGUGUCUCAUCCGUUCCCAAACGCCUACGCGCACCCCCUGCCCAAAUUCAGCUACUCCCAGCAAACGGGGGAGAUAACGGUCCACUUUACGUGUGACCCUGCGUACCCACCCCCAGACGCGCCUGCUUCCAACGCAUGGAAAUCAAAGAUGUACCUGCUCACCUCGAUCCCGAUGCGCAAGCCACGGACCUUGAUCGACGACGCAUCCGAGUUUUUGACUUCUACGAUACUCACGCCCAUUUCGUGGGGCCGUGCAGCGCCGCAGGCUACGCCGGAGGAGGUGUUCAAUGGGGAUAUUGAUUUGAAUGAGGACGAUGUGGUAGAAGAGGAGAGGGGGGAAGAGGGGGAGGUGGAUGAUUCUCCUGAGGCUGGGAGGAAGGUCGUCAAGAUGAAUACGACGCCCUACAGAGGUCGGGAUACGCCGGGGAGGGGUUCUUCUCCAAAGGCCAGCGACUGGGCGCCAACGUCUCCCACGAUCUUCCACCUCAUCUGGCAAAGGCGAAGGCCCUCGAAGCGGCGGAGAAGCGGCGGAGGACAUCUAGGGUGUUGGGUAGUGGCGGCCGUCUGGGAGGAACAAUUGAUACGAAAGGGAAGGCCCCCAGGCAGCUGGCUGCAGAAGCGGCUGAAAGAAGGGCACGCGAAAAGUCGUGUGGCUCUCAAGCUGGCUCCGCGCGAGAAGGCGGCCAGAGAAGGUAUCGAGAAUAAGGUCAUUGACUUGACUUUGGACGAUGAUUCGGAUUCGGAUGUUAUCAUCGUGGAACGGUGGAAGACGUCCCAAGGGCUAUCGCGGUCCCAUCUUCAUCCUCGGCAAGUGAGCGCCAAGUUGGUGCUGCACCAAAUUCAGGAUCUUGAAGGCCACUCCUGUUCGAAAUGA